AGGAGCUACAUUCAGUAAGAGAGAGUGGUGUUUUAGAACACAGAGCAAGUGGGACUGUGAGUGUGUGACACAGCAAAAGAGGAAGGGAGAAGGCAGUCAGCCAAAAACAUUUCUAAUGAAGUACAAACGCAUAAUGGGAGCUACAACAUAAAAAAGGAAUACUUUUAGAUUUUUGGGGAGACCAGGAGAACAUUUGGAGAUCAUGGAGAAUGUGAGCACGCCUGCCGUGUUCAACCUAUCGGAUCUAUCAGUGGAGAUGAACUCGUCGUCUCACCAGUGGUCUUACUCGGAGUACAGCGAGGCUGUGGCGGUGCUACUCGGCAUCCUCAUGGCCCUGCUAGUGAUGGGCAUCAUCUUUGGCAACGUGCUGGUCAUCACCGCCAUCGUGCGCUUCCAGCGGCUGCAGACAGUCACCAACAUGUUCAUCACCUCUCUGGCCUGUGCUGACCUGGUCAUGGGCCUGCUUGUGGUGCCCUUCGGCGCCUGCUACAUCCUCCUCAACACCUGGCACUUUGGCAGCUUUCUCUGCGAGUUCUGGACGGCGGCGGAUGUCUUGUGUGUGACGGCCAGCAUCGAGACGCUGUGUGUGAUCGCACUGGACCGCUACCUGGCCAUCACAUCGCCACUACGCUACCCGUCCCUGCUGACCAAACGCAAGGCAUGCGUGGUGGUGGUGACGGUGUGGGGGGUGGCCGCCCUCAUCUCCUUCCUGCCCAUCCACAUGAAGUGGUGGGUGUCUGAUGAGCCCGAGGCGCUCAGCUGCCUGGAAGAUGCCCACUGCUGUGACUUCAACACCAACGCUGCCUACGCCGUAGCCUCCUCCGUCGUCUCCUUCUACAUCCCCCUGGCGGUCAUGGCCUUUGUCUAUGGACGCGUCUUCCAGGAGGCCAGGAAGCAGCUGGAGAAGAUCCGUGGCAGUGAGGGGCGCUUCCACGCCCAGAUGAUCGACAACAACCAGGGGCAGGAUGGUGGGGACGGGAGCGGAGGAGGAGGGGGGAAUGGAAAGAGACCUAAGUUCUGUCUGAAGGAACACAAAGCCCUAAAGACGCUGGGAAUCAUCAUGGGAACCUUUACCCUCUGCUGGCUGCCCUUCUUUGUGCUCAAUGUGGUGGUGACCAUCUGGAAGGUGGACAACAUUAAAAUACCUUUCAGGAUAUUGAACUGGAUAGGAUACGCCAACUCAGCGUUCAACCCCCUCAUAUACUGCAGGAGUCCUGAGUUCAGGUAUGCCUUCCAGGAGAUUCUGUGCCUGAGAGGGGCUGCUUUCCCCACCAAUGGAUACAUAUAUAGGGGUCACAGCUUGCGCCUAAGCCCCAAGGACAAGCCAGGCAGUCUUUCACAUAACGCUGGGACCGUGGAGCUGGGGAUUGGCUCUCUGUCUAGUGUCACCAACAUAAACGGGUAUUGCCAUAAUCCUCCUCUUGCCUCCAUUGUCUGAAGCGCAGGGUGUUACAUUGAGACUUGUCUUUCUCGUUUAGUCAGACCCGGUAUGCAGACACGGGAUAGGAAAUGACAUGUGAAUCUAUUUCCAUAUUUAAAUGCGUUACUAUAAGAAUAUUAUUCUAGUAAUGUGUAGGUUAAUAAAUGUUUGUAAUACUUUUCCUCUUAAUAUUGAACAAAGUCUGCAAAAUACUUAGGAAGUCUAUGGUUGGCGGAUGUGAUCAUGUGUGUGUGGUUUGUGGACAUGAGUAUGUGCACAUGUUAUGUACUCUUGUGCUUACUCCUGUGUGCAAAUGAACACCACGGUUCAGGUACUAAGUUCAAGUUUCAAGUUCAGUUGCACAAACAUUUGUUAUAUUGUUCUAAGUUAAAACAAAUUACCUCAUCAGCAUCAUUUUCGAUUCAGCUCCUUAUCUUAGAGCUCCAAGAACAAAUAAUUAUAGUCUGUUUGUAUGUUGUAUGAAAAAUGAAUAAUGUCGUUAGUUGAACUGACUGUUCUUUCCUGGCAGCGGGCUGAAUGAGAUAGAAAUGCCAGGGUAGGAGAGGUAGGAGAGAAUUAACAGGCAAAACAAGAGAUCAAAUCAGGGUUAACAGUAAUAUCUGUGACCCCCACUAGCGGCUGUAGCCAGCCCUCUGUCUGUAACACAUUCCAUAUUGAUCUGGGUCUCUCCCAGAGCCAGCUCAGGGACUUCUGUCUGUGUGAUUCUGAACACUUCCUCUGCCACGGCCCAGAAAUCCAACUCUCUGAUGAGGGACAGCAGGUGCACAUAAUCGCAGGCAGGCGCUAUUACCAGCUACACCACACACGUUGCCCCAUUCCUCCAACCACCCUUCAAUACCUCAACCUUCACCUCCCCGCUCAAUAUCACCAUUUAAUAACUGAGGUUACAGACGCCUGUCCUGCCGCCUCUCAGACAGUGAAUAAGGACACACAGACAGAGAAGUCUUUGAGGUGGACCUUACUUUUGUGACUCAAUAACCCCUGCAAGCAUAGUGUAGGUCAGAGCAGCAAUACCUUAAUGCUGGGUAGUGUGACCACCACUGUACGUCAUUCUGAUACCAAUAUCCAGCCAGUAUACUUAGUCUGUAAAGCUAUGUUUAGGGAUUGCUUUCACACUCUACCGUGCUGGUUUUCUUUGUUAAUGACUAGCGUGGAUACUGAGAACUGUUGCUGAUGUUAUUGUGCUGCUCUCCGUUAUUGUCGCUCUUGUUGUUGCUGUGAAGUUUCAGUGUUUACAGAGAUUUCUGGACAAACUGUCUGAUUGGGGAUACAAUUAAAGUGUACCAUACAUUUACACAAUGUACUGACUAGCUAAAAGAUAAGGAAAUAAACCCCUAGACUAUAGCUUCGUCAGAAUCUGCACAUAUUCUUGUCUGAGGAAGAUAAACUGUAAGAUUGGAACUUCUACUUCCAGAUGUUCUAUAUAGGUGCUCAGUAUUUUAUUUUUUAUGUCAUUUAGCAAACACUCUUUUUCAGAGCAAUUUACAGAAGCAAUUAUAAGUGCCUUGCUCAAGGGCACAUACAUUUUUCACCUAGUCAGCUCAGGGAUUUGAACCAGAAACCAGCUACUGGACCAAUGCUUUUAACCGCUAGGCUAUCUACUCCCACAGUAGUGAUGAAUGAUGUAGGAGUCCGGGUGGAUUUUGUCCAGGUGUUAAUGAAUAGAAACCUUGGUAUCACAUUCAGACUGUAAUGAACUAGGUUAACGGUGUAGCACACAGUGUACUUGCACUACAACAUAUUCGUAGACUGUAUCUCAGCAUCAUGUCAGCCAGCCAAGUGGAAAAAGUACAUCUAAAAUGUUCACUUGCUGUUAAAUGUUCAUAAUUAUUUAAAAAAAUGUCUUAGUUUAUAGGCCUAUACUAAAUCCUAUUACUUUACAAUUGUUUGGAUAGCUAUGUGUGUGUAUGUGUCUGUCUGCAUGUGCCUGUGCUAACUGUAUGAGUAUGACAGUGUUUAGACAAUGUUUGGAGCUUUGAAUUCACAGGAAAACACGAGGUACCGUGUGUGUUAACUCACUAACCCACCCCCUUUUUAUGGACACAAGGACACCUUUGAUGUAUGUACUGUAAAUGUGAAUAAUGCAUUAUCCUUACAUUGCAAAAUGUUACCAUGAAUGUACUGUCAACUUCAGUCACACACAAAAGUAGGAGAGACAUGGUCUUAGAUAUUUACAUAUACCAUUUUUUUCAUUCCACUGCCAAAUGAAAUUACAUUCUCAGUGAGUUAUCUAAGGCAGAAUAUUUAACAGUGGGAAUUUAUGCUAAAUAUAAUAUUUGCUAGGAAUAUUAACAUUUGAUUUUGUGAUCUGUGACUAUUCAUGUCUGACAUGUGACAUGUCUGAUAUUAAACCCAUUUUUGUCUGUUACAUUCAGACCCGGUUCUGUGUAAAGGGUGAGAACCUGUCCCCCUCUGGUAGUGCUGUUAACUACUCAGCAGACAGAAGGAUCACUCACCACUAUUUUGUAUGACAGUCUGUUGCUAAGGCCAAUGUCCAACAUUAUGGGACUGGACAUUGUGUCUGGAUUCCAUGGACAACACAACAUUGCACAUGCCCACAGCUGUUUGCACAUGUCCACAGCUGACCACAGAUGUCCCUCUGCAGGGGUUAAAAAAAUCUGUUCUGGGAAGGAGACUACAGAGAUGUCAUGCAAACAGCUGCGUCCAUGUUAGACAGCAACACUGGACUGAAGAGCAGCUCCUCUUUUUCACAGAUCAUGACCUUUUCCACUGUGGGGUGGAAUGGUGCCCCUGAGCACUGAUCAAAGGAACUGAGUUUACAUUUCUCAAUCUCUGCUGGCCUGAUAUGAGUCACAAUCUAAUGCCCCUGAGCGGUUCCCGCACUGCAGGUUCCACACUGUAGCUAUGCCAUGUUGGUAAAAUGGUCCAAAAAAAAGAGGAAAGUGUACAGUACAGUUUCAAUUGCAUGUACAGUAUAUUUCAGUCAUGUCAAAUUACUCUGCAAGUGUAACGUAUUUCCAGCAUUCUGUAUUUGCUAUUACCAUUGUAAAGCUAUGGCUUCUUUCUGCAUUGUUGCACUUUAUCCGUCCGUGGGUCUGCUGCUGCCAGCCAGUGUUGUGGUUACUGUAUAUCUUCUCAUAAACAGAGGUGAUUUAUAUGGUAACUGGAGAGACCUCUACUGCUGACCAAGAACAGAAUCCGGAGGUGACAUUUUGUGGUGACGACAGCAUUUUCCAUGCUGCUUGACGGUCACAUGGUAUUUAGGAAGUAAUCCAGCACCAGUCACUAUUACUCAAGGUAAUUGUUCACAAUUAUUAAAGCUAGAAUCCUUAUUUAAAACAAUAACAAAUUGGUCACCUUGGCUGUGUUUUGGUUAAAAGCUGAGGGAUGGGCAUGGAGAAAUGUAAUCACUCUCAAAAUGAUAGACAGAACAAUGGAUGUAAGGACUGAUCAUCCAUGAUAUCAAUAUUAUAGUGAUAACAUUGAUUUGAGGCUAUACAGUGUUUGUUUAUGUUAUAUUGUUUACAAACAUUGGAGUAAAACAAGCUGGUAUUUUGGGUUAUAAUAGGGUACGACAGUUGAACUAAGCUCAUGAGGCACUUAUAAGUUAUAUUCUUCAAGAAUCAAUGGGUUUAUUUCAUUAACAUAUAGGUCCAAAAUGGAUGUAGCAACUAAGGAUUAUAGCUUAAAGGGAUACUUCUGGAUUUUGGCAAUGAGGCCCUUUAUCUACUUCCCCAGAGUCAGAUUAACUUGUUGACACAAUUUUUAUGUCUCCGCGUCCAAUAAGUUAGCGGUAGUUUUGCGAGCCAAUGCUAAUUAGUGUUAGCGCAAUAACUGGCGAUACUGUACUAGCUUCUAGUUAUUGCGCUAACGCUAGCUAGCAAUUGCGUUCGUGCUAGUUAGCAACUUCAUUUAAACUGCACGCAUAGACAUAAAAAUGAUCCACGAGUUCAUCUGACUGGGGAAGUAGAUAAAGGUUGAACUAAUGUGACAUCGUAUUUUUAUUUAAUAAAUUGUUUAUUGUUCUUAAAAGGUAA